UCUGUCGUUUUAAAAUCAGUGACUUAACGACUCAAUACAGAUUCCCUUGCAACACAGUUUAGUACAACAAUAACAACAACUUCCUGCACAACGCACGCCGUUCGCAUUUAAAACCAAAAACGCCUCGACCGUGUCGUAAAUUAUAACUUCUGGGAGAAGUCACGUGCGGUGCCGCUGUGUCUGAUUUCAGGUUGACUGUGUGUCUCGACUCGACUAAAAAGGAGAAGUAUUCGCAAAUUAAAGUUUUCAAAGACAUCUUGUGCAAAGGUAUAUAUAAAUAGGUCUGGACAAUUUUAAAAUGUAAGGUUCCCAAGGUGAAACAAAAAUAAAAAGAAAUGGAAUAUGUGUAAGGCCUAAAGGGAAAGGGAAGUACAAAAACAAAUAUUUCAAUAAAUUCAUCUUAUUCUUUGGAUUAAGGUUCGUUUUAAGGUUUCAACACAAUGACUGAAGAGGGAAGGAGGUUAAAGGUUAAAUCUAGUUUGUACUGUUUGGAUGAAUUCCUUUGCGGGGGAAAACAAAACAGUUUUGUCAAAACAGUCAUCUGACCUGUCCUGUCGAGCAUCAGAUGCAGAGGUGCUCGGAAUAUUUCCCAGAACAUGCAACAUCUUCUGAUGUCUCAACGGCCGGUCGUGAGUUGAAAGAACAAUGUGCGCUGUGCUGAUCUUUUAACCUCUGUGCUAACAAUACAGGCGCUUUGUUUUGCUAUGAGCUUGUUUAUUUCCAGAUGUACCUUCACUAGUUUCGGUGGUAUGACCCAGUCUGUAGAGCUUUGAAAGAUAAUAAUUAUAUUUUUAAAUCCUGCAAGUUAACAAAUCUGUGUACACAAAAGAAAAAGUUAAAAAUGUCUAGGAAAAAAAGAGAAGUUGCAACGUUUGUUUACAGCUGUAAACGAGACAGUGACUUUUUCCUUGUGUUUUGGCAUCUUCAUAUUGAGAAACAUGUUAGUUAAAUGACAUGUUUUUUGUUUGUUUUUGUUUUUUUUAAAGGUCAGCAUCCGUCAGGUAUUGGAAUUUCUGAUGGAAUUUCAAUAUCUGAAUUUAAUUUAAUCUACCAGUAACAUUUUUAAAAUCCAGAAGGGUUUUACUUAAGCGUUUUGUGUUGUUUUGGGCCAUGUCCUAAAAUCUAUUAUGAUUAAACUAAGCACAUACAGACGGUGGUACUGGUCCGUCGUACACGUCUGAAAUUACAUGAGUUAGGAUGAGCAGCGUUAUAGUUCAUCUUUACAUUCUUGUCAGUUUUAAAUUUGUAAAAUCUGAACGACAUAAUUUUUUUUUCACACAUCUUAAAUUUUAAACUGGAUACCAAGAAAAGUACCAACAUAAUUAGUAAAAGUAACAAUAUUUUUAUUGUCAUAAAUGCUGCUUAUGAUAUAAUAUGCAGCACACAUAAUGUCCUAUAAACACUGAGAAAAACCUGGUGCUUAAGCAGAAACCAGAUCUGCUAAAUACUUUACACAGAUUACUAAUAAGGCUAUCAGUGAGUUACUAAUAUUUCAAUGGAAAAAAAAUAACCUUGAGAGACUGAGAAACGUCCCACUAAACAACAAAACUUUGUAAGUCUAUUGUUUCAUUUCAAUUAGUGAAUGAAUUGAAACCAGUGUCACGUAAGUGGUUAAGUCAGUUUUUUCUUAGCAGUUAGCAUAGCUAGCAUGGCUAACUGUAACAUUAGUCUCUGUGUAUUUUCUAGAUUGUAAAUAAACUUACUGUGUGGUACAGUUUUCCAGCUGGCUGCCAACAUUUCCUAAAGCGUUAUUCUCCAUGGCAGAUAGAUGGUCAUAGUAACAAAAAAAGAAAAACAAUAUUACGAAGCGAGCUAGCUUUCAUGCUGUCUGCUAAAGCUAAGGUCUGUGUACAGAGUUCUGGCUCUGGUCCUUUUCUAACUAACCAAAUAUAGCAAAAUAUACAUGUUAUAUUUCAUACAUGUUUUAUCAUUUAUGACAUAAAAAAGAAAAAGUAGAUGUUAUCAUACUUUAGGCCCUGAAUAAGUCCAGCUGGAGGUUUUGGUGUCAUGAAGUCUGGCUCAGCAGACCAAUAACAAAAUUGCGUCAUUGUCCUAUCUAACAAAUUGUUAAAAAAUAUACCUUAUUGUAAAAUAUUCUGCUGGUACAUGAUUUAGUUAAAAUCUUCAGUAUAGAUCACAGUGUUGUUGCUAUCAGAUUCUUUCCAGAACCUUUUUAAAAAAAAAAAAUGUUUCGAGUUAAGAUGUUCACAUUCAGAUAUCCUGUAGAAAGCGUUAAGAUGAGAUCAGAUUGAAGCUACAGACGUAACUUGCUUUAGAUGCAGGCCUACGCCGAGGCAGAGUUGUUCAAACAGCAAUAAUGGCAGCCCACAGCUUGCAUCACCAAAGUGUCAAACAUGAGAAUGUCCACACUGGAGAAUGUCCAGUCAGGACUUCCUAUGCAACUCCAAGAGACAAGCACACCACAGAGCAUUUUGGUGGAAACCGUUUUUGCUCUGCAGAGAGAUGACAGAGCAGUGAUUCAUGCUGUUUAAUGGACGUUUGUAUACCGGUUUGUAUACAAAAAUUGUGAGCAAGCCUUUAUUUGGGAUUAGAUUUCCUUUCUAUCAUCACCCCAGUUUGAAAUAAAAAAAAAAGUCUGUUGGCAUGGAAAGCUUAACAACAAACUGACAACACUCCCUACAUCCAGUGAGCAUUGCACAACGAAAGACGGUUCAAAAUGUCCGAAAACUUCAUACUGCAAAGCUUUUAGUGUCUGCGACUGACUGGCUGAUAGAUACCUGUCCUCGUGUAGGUGUAACAUUGCACGCAGAGAGAGAGAGGGAAAAAAAAACAUAACAAACGGGGAGUGUCAAAGUUUAUGACAGCCUGGCUGAUUUGUUGUGCGUUAGUCACAAAGUAUGAAUCCUGGGGAUUCAUACUUUGAGUGCGGGGGCUGCCGGAGUCGCCUGUGAGCUGUGCCAAUUGUUCAGGUUUACCCUAACAAAUCCUCAGAUUCCUGCUUGAAAUGACUCAGCUGGGAGCACUAAAGCAAAAUGCCGAGUCAUCAGGGCUGUUUGAAGACUUCAUGACGUAUGAUUGGCCUCAUGAAGUAAAAGCUCAAAGGUAAGUGUUGGAGGUGCGCUCGUCUGAAAUGUGGCGGCCGAUUUCCAGUAGCCUGUUUUGUAAAACUUUUGACGUCGGCUAAAAACCAGCUAGGAUUUUUCCUUAAGAUCUAUAAGUAAUGCAAAAAUGUCAACAAUGUGGAAGAAAUAAAAUAAAAUGAUCUUUACCACAAUAUUUUUAUGUUACAAACAAUUCAAAAAUACUUUAUUGAUCCAAAAGUGACAUUAAAUGAUCAAUUAUUUCUGAAAAUCCGCUCAAAGUUGCAGCACUCUCACUCUGCAUCCCUGAAAAUCCUUUAUAUCCACUACUAAAAUGUCGAAGUGAGGCAUAUCAUAAUUAGUGUUUCUUUCUCCUGGAAAACCUUUUGUUUUUAAUUAGUUCAAACUGUGUCUAACUUUAUAACUGAGUGGAAAAGCGCAUAUUUAUUGUUGUAUUUCCUGUUCAAUUCAUGCAGGCAUGCUAAGCAGUCUUUUUCCCACAGUUCACCCUUGAUUUUUUUAUGUUAUGACCAGAGGUGAUGUCACACUGUGUGAAAGACAGCAGACAGUGUUUCACAGCUUUUCAGAGUUAGAUUUCCAACACUGAGCAAUUUGGUACAUCUCACCCCAGUCUCGGUUUGUGUUCCUGUCAAGCUGCUAUAAAAUCUUUAAAAAGAAAAGAUUUUCACAUUCCAAUCGAUUUGUAUCAAGCAUUUCACUGAUCCGUUCUGGUCAGGAGUCAAUUUCUUGUUAGUUUUUAAACUUUUAGCCCACUAAAAAUAAUAGGAUGUGCUGAAACCAUUUUUUUCUGUCAGUCCACAGAUCUAAUUAUUAUUAUUUUUUUGCCUUUCCGAGCUGUAAAAAAAAGAAUCAGCUUUGUUAUGUUUGUUUUUAAAUGCAUGAAAGGGAAUAAAGAUCAAUUUAGUUCAGAAAAUGAACACAGGGUUUGACUGAGCAGUCAAAUAGACAUAAAUGUCCAUUCAGAGCACAUUAAAUUCAGUUUUUAUUAUUAUUAACAAUAAUAAUAAUACAUGCCAAGCAUUUAACAAAAUACAUUUUUCUCCUUUGGUCUGAUUUUGGAAGAAAAUUGUAUUAAAAAUUGCAAAGGGUAAACUUGACAGAAACGGGUAAAAAAAACAAAAACAAACUUGUAUGUAACAGUGUUUUAUUUAGUUUUGUAACUCCCCCUCUCCGCUCUCAGGGGAAUACCCCUCAUACAUGCAGGUGUGUACAUGUAUGUGUGUUUUUGCUCUAAAACAAAUAAAGAUGUCCGCCGCCAACGUCAUGAGGAAGUUCCUGCCAUGGAGCAAACGGCGGCAAACAGUUUGAAGACUGAACCAAAUAUGCUUACUUAUGUACUAACAUGAAGGAGACCUAAAGGUCUUCUCACACAAUAUAUUGGCUGUAAACAGUGUGUGUGCGUGUGUGUGUGGAGGAGUCAGCACAUAAGUGUGUUGAGCUGUGCAGUACACUGCGUUACAUUGGGAAACCUGAGAAAUUUCCAUCUCAUGAGGGGUGGGAACCUUAAAAAGCAGAGCUCAGGUUCCCCAUGAGGCCAAAGGACAGCAAUCACUUCGCCCUGAGGUCCAUGCCGGCAGCACACCGCUCUGUCAGAACCAGGACGAGUCCAGAACCACCAGCAGACUACUGCCACCAUGGUCUACUUUACGUUGAUGUGUGCCAUGAUCGUUGCUGCAGGUGUUCAUGGGAAACGUUGGCUUCCUUCUCUGCCAGUGGAAAACGGCUGUUACCGGGCGACUCCAGAGGUGGAUAUUUUCCGAGUGGAGGGCGAGGCCGUGAUCCUCCACUUCCCGAUUUUCAUGCGGACCCUCGAACUCCGUGACAUCGCCCCGCCUCCUGCCCAAUAUGUCAUCGGCAGGAGCAACGGAACGGAGCAAACGGUGUACGAGGACAAGGGCCGGGUCCAGCAGCACAGCGGAGAGCUGUGGCUCCUCCCGGCUCAGCUUUCGGAUUCUGGGAAAUACACCUGCACUUACAGGAAUGAAACGUUCUGUGUCACUGGGAGCAUCACGCUGCACGUGUAUGAGUCCUAUUCUGCAGACAUAAAGGCUCUCUCCUAUCCGUGGUCGGCCAAGGUUGGUGAGAACGUGGAGUUUCACUGUCCGGCUCUGGAUCGCUUCAACAAGACAGGCAGACCAAUAGAGUGGCACAAGGACUUUAACUCCGCUCCCCUUCAGCCGGGCAGAGCUACCCUGACGAUCCCUGCUGUAAAACAAUCCCACGCUGGAGUCUACACCUGCCGGCUGACGGUGCUCAUCAACAACCUGCAGUACAAAGUCAGCAGAGCCUACCUGCUCCACGUGGAAGGUUCAGACCCUGCAGUCACUAUCUCCAUGCCUGUUGUCACCAAGCCGUCAGGUCUGGGUCAGCCCAGCAGCAGCACCCUCAGUACCGUCAGCGUCAUGAAACCGCCAGUGAUCGUCUCGCCAAUCGAUGGAACCGUCUUUGAAAGCUCUCACGGUUCAGGACUGGAGCUGUUCUGUCAGGUGGUCACUGAAUGCCAACUGGCAGACUCCACUGCGGUCACAUGGCUGGUAAACGGCCAAUCAGUGGAGUCAUCGUACCUCAACAGGCGGGCUCUGCAGGGAGGAAGAAGCGUAACCCGGGUCUCUGGAAGGUGUCAGAUUGAAGUGAGGUUCGUCAUCUCGGCUAUAACUGAAGAAGAUAAGAAGAUGGAGAUGAAGUGUGUCACUCAGAACGCAGGCGGGAAACAGGAAGUUGUCACAAUGCUUCGCCUAGAAGACACUACGUUUACGUGGCUGGUUGUAGGCGUGGUGACAGCGUCCUGCUUCCUGAUGGUGGUCUGCGUCUUCCUUUACGUCCUCUUCAAGCCAAAGAGUAAGAAGAAAAUGGAUUACAUUCUCGCUCGCCAGAGCAGCACCUUUUCAGUUUAGCUUUUGUUUCACACGCUCCCUCCGGCGAAUAAAAACGCUCCUUUUAACAAUGUUUGUGUAAACUAUGUAAAAAUCUGACCUCCAUCACGUUGUACUUGGAGUUUAAGUGGCACUCACACCAAGUCUUUUUCAUGAAUGUAUCAACCACUGUAGAGGAAGAAGGAAGAUGUUACGACGAUAAACGUUUCAUCAGCACCACUAAUUGAUUUAAUGAUGAAAUUGUUUGCUGUGGUUUUGCACUUCUGUAGUUUAAACCGGUACUACUUCAAUUUAUAUUAACCUCCUUCAGUUUAAUUCUGUUUUUUUUUUCUUUUGCUAAAUAAAAUGAAGUGACUACCUCAGUUACCAGAUGUUACACAUAAUGUAUUUUUUUCUGCUCAUUUGCUGUAGUAUGCAUUAAGUAUAAUGGAUAUAUUGUUUUUUUUUUUUUUUUUUAAUGCAGCAAAUGUUCUCAGGGAGAAAUUGAAUAUUAAAGAAAACGUAUCUUUUGAAUAUUUUUUUAAUGUCAUAAACAUUUAAAGGACAGAAAUGACACAACUUUUAAUAUGUGUUUUCUUUUUAUUGUUAUUGAAUGUAAUACUCCUGCUGUUGUAUCUUACGUCGAAAACAACCCAAUAAAUUAAAUGACUCCUA